AAUCUACAACCUGCACUCAGUGUGGAAAGAGUUUCUCAACCAAACAACAUCUUAAGAUUCACAUGAGAGUUCAUACAGGAGAGAAGCCGUUCACAUGUGAUCAGUGUGGGAAGAGUUUCACACGAAAAGGAGAUUUUAAGGAACACAUGAGGAUCCACACUGGAGAGAAGCCGUUCACCUGUGAUCAGUGUGGGAAGAGUUUCACACGUAAAGGACAUCUUAAGGAUCACAAGAGAGUUCACACUGGAGAGAAGCCACACACAUGUGAUCAAUGUGGGAAGAGUUUCACACGAAAAGGAGGUCUUAAGAGGCAUAUGAAAGUUCACACUGGAGAGAGACCGUUCACGUGCCAUCAAUGUGACAAAACAUUUCUAAGGUCAUCAGACCUGAAGAGACACCUGAGAGUUCAUACAAAGGAGAAAACACAUUCAUGUUCUGUGUGUGGAAAGAGUUUUUCACAGCUGUGUAGUUUACAAAAACAUGAGAAAAUCCAUACUGGUGUGAGAGAGCAUGUGUGCUUUGAGUGUGAGAAGACUUUUACUACAGUAAACCAUUUAAAACAGCACCAGAGAAUUCACACUGGAGAAAAACCUUACAAGUGUUCAUACUGUGACAAGAGAUUUAGUCAGUUAUCAAAUCUGAAAACACAUGAGAGGAUCCACUCUGGAGAAAAACCUUACAAGUGUUCAUACUGUGACAACAGAUUCAGUCGGUCAGAACAUCUGAAAACACAUGAGAGGAUCCAUACUGGAGAAAAACCUUACAAGUGUUCACAAUGUGACAAGAGAUUCAGUCAGUCAUUAUAUCUGAAAACUCACGAGAGGAUCCACACUGGAGAAAAACCUUACAAGUGUUCAUACUGUGACAAGAGAUUCAGUCAGUUAGCACAUCUGAAAACACAUGAGAGGAUCCACAGCACAGAGAAGCCACACACGUGUGAUCAGUGUGGAAAGAGUUUCUCUUUUAAAAGUCACUUGAAGAUACACAUGAAGAUCCACGCAGUGAAGAAACCACAGCACCACAGUCUGAAAUGAAGUAGUUCAUUUUUAUGUGCUGAACAAAAAAAUCUUCUGUGUAAGUUAGCCACAGCCAAAUCUCUCCUCUCCAGCUAUAGUUGGCGCCAUGGGUGACAAGUUUUAUUUAUUUAUUUAUUUAUUUAUUUUUUGCAGUUACAAAACGUCUUUUUGUACCUACAUCAGCAAAUUAUUCACAAAAAUUUUAAGCAAAGUUUAACCCUUUAACGACCCAGUGGUCCGCUGAUGUUAAACAAGCUGUUUUUUUAAAAGAGGAGUAUGCCAUCUAACAAAUCAUUUAUUAUGCUCGCAGUGCGUCGGUUAAAUGAAUUGGGAUAUUAAUUUAAUAAUAAAAGUGGCAUAAUAAUAAUAAUAAUAAUAAUUAACAGCCCUGUGCGCCCAUCUGCUAUACGCCACUGUGAAGGGAUAAAAGGUGUUCAGGCAUGGCAUCAAAGCGAUAACCUGUUUAAUCCAAAUCCACAUGCGUGGACUGUUCAAUAUUCAGUACUGCAAUGUCUGAGUCUCUCCAGUCACAUGAUGUUUCUCAUGUGUUUUCAGUCGGCGCAACAAAGAAACGUUUACUAGACUGUGGACUAGCUUUGCUCUCUGAACAGUGGCAGCCUGCAGCUGAAUUUUUGUGAUCACUGCAGCUGAAUUUUUGUGAUCACUGAAGCCCGGGUAUACUUCGGUCGUCCGCAUUUGUGAAUUUGACGUAUGUAAUUUUCAUCAUGCGGCUGGCGUGAGCAGUCUACAUGAGGCUGGCUGAAGGGAAGGAAAAUAUGUGGUAGAAAAAAGUGUACAAGCAAUAGGGAUAACCGCACCCUGGAGAGGAUUGUGAAACAAAACCCAUUCAAAAAUGUGGGGGAGAUUCACAAAGAGUGGACUGCAGCUGGAGUCAGUGCUUCA